AUGAUCAAGGUUCUAAAUCGAACUUGGUAUGCCAUACGAAUAUAUCUGACAUUUACCACUCGGAUGCUCAGUGUAUGGACUGUGGUCAUUUUGAGCAUGGAACGUUUCCUCCUGAUCGUCUCACCGCUCCGAUUCUAUAAAUUUCUCCGACCAAAGGUCGCGUGGAUCACAAUGGCCAUCACGUGCGCGAUUAUCGGACUGAUUAAUGUGCCGUGGGUGUUCUCAUUCAAUUACGUGUCUGGACCAUCCUGUUUACGCGAAUUUAUUUUGGACCACGAUGACUAUGAAGCUGCUGCAAAGUAA